AUGAGCUUUAACCUCCCCAACCCUUCACUAGUGGGGAUACUUUUAGUUGUGUCUACGGUUUCAGGGCCUCUGAUAGUUUUCAACUACCCCCAAGAUCUAUCGGGCCAAGAAAAGUCCUCCCAAGAAACGCAUAUAUAUCAAGAGGAAGAGGAGAAUAGCGACGGCGAGUACAGUGAUGAUGACGACGGUGACUUGGUACAUCGCAAAUUGCGCAAGCAAUGGGAUCUGACACAUCUCAAUUUCUACACGGGUACAAAAGGUGACUUACUUUCAUAUCUUGAUGAACUCUACACUCAGCGUCAAUCUCACGAAAAGCGCCAGAACACGUCCAUGGCAAUUCCUCAUGAUAUGCAUGACGAGAACCAGCUGAAGAAGCGGAACAAGAGUAAGACUAACUUGAUCUUCGGAAUGGAGACGACGUAUCUUGGAGAAAUGCUCAGUCCGCCCAAACUGAUGUGUAACACACGAUUCGAAAUGCAGAUUGAUGAUAAAGUGUUUUUGGGUAUGCCUAUUCAUAAGCUUGACAAUAAUAGCUGGCGACGAAAGGAGAAACAUCGUGCUCCUACUGAUCAAAAGCUGACAUUAACUGACCUUCUGGACAACCGCAGCCAUCGGCGGGGCAAUAGUUUGCCUAAAGCUGACGUGGAAGUGGUUGGUGAGGACACAAGCAUUCAAGAAAAAGAGCAUCCUACUGGCAGAAUCAACAUGUUCCAUUUGGUGUUCAUUAUGAAUCCACCAAUCAAUGAAGCUAAUCAGCGUGUUGAUGAAAUGUUCCACUUUGUCAUUCUGAGGCUCUCUUUGGUGUUGCGUUAUGAACAGAGUCGAAAUGGUUAUGUGUCAAAAGAGAUCAAGUCGAUAUUUAAGUUGAAGGAAACACAACCGGACACAUGGUGGGAAGCAUGCUAUGAGCAGCUGGGUCUUUGCAAGAUGAUUGGUGAUUGCUAUACAGCGAUCCUGACUCUGCAAAUUGCUAACUUAUCCAUCAACAACAAGUUAAGAUCUUUUCAGAUCCCCAUCAAGUGGGAGUUCGUUCUGCUUCCCGAGCCUCUGGUGCCGCACUUGCCGGGGGCGAAACUAUGCUCGACUACAAAGUUUUUAGCUAACGAAGGUCUUCUUGUGUUGGGUGAGCCGACGAGAUAUGGUUCCUCGAGUAAACAUGAUCGACAAGAAGGUGACGAUACUGGUCUUGUUGCUGACGAUGUCAUCUAUUUUGCAUUACUUUUGUUGGACGACCCUAGAGAUAUCAUCCGUGAACUCAAGGCUGAUGAAGCUCUGAGUCUCGCGAAGUUUAUCCAUUUGAUCAAACCAACUGAAUCACUUCUGUCUCUAGCUCAAGCUUCGGAUUUGAAUAUGGAUGAAAUCAAACUGUAUGCUUUCCACUUAAUCUACUGGCGGCGUGCUCGGGUGAUCCAACCAAUUUCUACUCGAAGUGUUUACGUGCUUAGUCCAAUGGCGCCGCUUCUGGUGAACCUUUUCUACGACAUCAAGAACUUUCGAAAUCUGUUCCCCACAUUGCCAUCAAUGUCUCACUUUCUCAAACUAUUGAGUCCUCACCAUCGCAAGCCACUGCACUAUGCUCUGAUUAUACCAUCUCGUGAUCACAAGGAGCUGUACUUUCAAGCUCUCACUUGGUUGCUCAAAUUCGGCUAUGUUAUACAACUCCAAACUUUCGUAUGGCUCAAAGUGUCUCCGAUCAUUCGUAUGAAAGUUGAUGAAGACAUGGAGGAAGGACGGGGACGAAAGACAAAACCUCUGUCGCUGGGCGACGCUCUCUUGAACCAACUGUCAGACAACACUUCUAAAGUUCAGCCUGAGGUUACUACCACCAAACAGGAUAUCGAUUCGAUUCAAGAGAAGUUGACAAGAGGAACAAAGAUUGAGCUUGAUGAGGAUGAGGAUUAUAUUAUCAUGGAUCCUGGCAGGGCCACGACCCUUGAAAGACGCUGGAUGAGCAAAAUCAUCUCGGAUGAAGCGAAGCUUGCCCCCGAGCUUGUACCAGUCUUUUACAAAAUGGUCAAGUACUUCAACGGUAAGCUGCCACUAGAUGUGGUCAUUCAUAAAGAGAAUGUUCUGAAAGCUGAACUACGGAAUUUGCUAACAGCCCUUGAGCCGCAUUUAAUCAGCGUUAGUCACUGGUAA